AUGACUCGUCAGUGGUUACAUCUGACUACAUCACCGCUCCUCCUCCUCCUGCUCCUGAUAACAAUCAGCAGCCUGACCGGAGGAGCCGUGGCCAAGUCAGAUGGACCCAAAAUAGCUCUCAAAGAGGUAGAAGUCGUUCCUGAGCAGCCCUUUUAUUUCGAGAAUACAGAUACAGUUUUGUUUUUGAGUGCGGCAACCGGCGAGGUUUAUCGAUCCUUUGAUGGAGGCCUGGAAUGGCACGUUAUCGGCAAGGGUGAAGGGGAAGAGGGCCUGACAAAUGACGCGGUUGUGAUUCUGCCGCAUAAGUACGAUAAUAAAAAGGCGUAUAUUCUCGGUCGACACGGUGCUCAUUGGGUGACGACGGAUCAGGGUCGGACAUGGCGGCGGUUCGAGGUUCCUGCGGCUCCGUCCAUGCUCCUCUAUGAACGACUUCGAUUUCACGGCGAGGAUUCGAGAAAGGUCAUUUUCAUGGGUGAGCGGUGUUCGCUGGUUGCAUGUCUCGAAACCGCGUUUUACACGCUUGAUGAUUUUGAGACCGUCGCGCCGUUGAGGGAUACUGCUAGAGGAUGUUUUUGGGCUGUUGGUACGCCGGCGUUUGCUGAGUCAACGACUGAGUAUGCAAAGGAGAUUGGCGAUCGCGUGCUUUGUAUCGUGCAUGGACUCAAAAAUCCGUUUGCUGCGGCGUAUCGGCUUGUGUACUCGGAUUCGUUCUUUAAGGAUAACGAGGAUGGGAUUGAGGCGAAUCUUAAUGCAGGACGACCUGUGGCUGGUAUCAUCAAUGCUGCUGCUCGGACGAAGUAUAUUAUGGUUGCAGCCAAAUCGCAGGGUACCGAUGAAUUGGCCAUGUUUGUUACGGAUGAUGCCAUCACAUGGCAUCGCGCAGAGUUUGGAAAUCACAAGAUCGAGGAAGGGGCAUAUACGGUCCUAGGUGGAACGAAUUAUAGUAUCCAGGUCGAUGUGAAGAACACCGACCGAUCGGAGAGUAUGGGGGUACUCUUUACGUCCAAUUCUAACGGCACGUAUUUUACCCGCAACAUCGAACAUACCAACCGCAACAUGGAGGGAUACGUGGAUUUUGAGGAUAUCAUUGGUGUUCAGGGUAUUGUGCUAGUCAACGUGGUGGACAACUGGGAAGAGGUCGAGAAAAAGUUCGACGCUGAUAAAAAAGUGAUCAGUAAGAUUAGCUUUGAUGACGGACGCACUUUUCAACCAUUGAAAGCCAACGAUAAGGAUUUGCAUGUGCAUUCCGUCACAGACUUUCAAAAUAUCGGCCGUGUGUUUUCUAGUCCCGCCCCUGGAAUUGUUUUGGGUGUUGGUAAUACGGGCAGUCACCUGAAGAGCUACACAAAAGACGGCAAUCUGUACGUCUCGGAUGAUGCCGGUGUUACAUGGCGCUUGGCACUUGAGAAACCACACAAGUACGAGAUUGGCAACAAAGGUGCUGUUAUUGUAGCAAUCAAGGAUGACGGGGACCCAACAGGGAAGAUUCAAUUUUCUAUCAACCACGGCAAGGAUUGGGAUACUGCCGAGUUGGACCAUAAAAUUAUACCCUUUUACCUCACGACAACCCCCGAUUCGACUAGCCUGAAGUUUUUGCUCGUGGGCUUUUCCGAAGAAUCUCGCAAGUGGUCCAUUUUCGCAAUUGACUUUGAAGGUUUGCAUGAGCGGGAGUGUAAGGAAAGUGAUUUUGAGGAGUGGCCUGCUCGUUUGGAUGAAAAGGGCGAGCCUGAUUGUCUCAUGGGACAUAAACAAUACUAUCGUCGACGCAAAUCCGAUGCCGACUGUUUUAUUACCGAGACCAUGUUCAAGACGCCUACGCCAGAGUUCAAGGCUUGCAAGUGUACCGCAGAAGAUUUUGAGUGCGAUUACAACUUUGUACGCUCCGAAGAUCGAACAAAGUGUGUUCCUGCCACUCCCCUCAAAGCCCCGGAAGGUGCAUGCAAGAGUGAGGAUGAUACUUUCAAGGGUCCUUCGGGAUGGAGAUUGAUUCCUGGAAAUGCCUGUAUUCGUGACGGAGGCGAAGAACUGGACAAGGAGAUUGACCGUCCUUGCAAGGAUGUUCUCAAGGCACCACCUGGUGACGCCAAAGCGAUCAGCUCGACUGUCAAUUAUAUUGAAGCCGAGAUGUUCAAAUCGUUCUACUAUCUAGAGCGAGCCGGCAGCAGUCGCGGCGAGGACGAGACUAUUGUCAUGCUCACUUCUAAUGGCAAACUCUAUGUAACUCAUAACCACGGCAAGACCUGGACGCAUGAACUCACGGACGUCAAGUUUGAGGAGAUUGUGCGAAAUCCUUAUUUGAAUGAUCGUGCAUUCUUUCUUACCAAUGGCAAGAAGCAAUUUUAUACGAUCAAUCGUGCAGAGACCUUUGAGUCGUUUACUGCUCCCGCCGAAAAGAAUCCCGACCCCGGUAUGACAUUGGGAUUUCACGAAAUAUAUAAAGAUUGGAUGAUCUGGACGGGCCCUAGCGAUUGCAGCCAUGGCAACUGUCCCAAGGAUUCUUAUUUCACCAAGCAUCGCGGCGAUGGCUGGGAGAUUCUGUUGCGGGCGGUUAUAAAUUGCGAAUUCAUGGCGCAGGAGAGUCGCGGAGAAGAAAGCAACAACUUGAUUUUCUGUAAUCAACAUGAAGCCGAAGAAGUGGAUGGUCAACGUAUGCUCGUGACAAGUAACGACUUUUUUGAUACGUCCAAGACACCUUUGCCCAGGAUCAUUGCCUUCGCAAAGGCCUCCGAGUUCAUCAUCAUCGCCAAACCGGAUCCAGAGAAAGAGCAUGCUAUGAAAUUCGACGUUAGCGUUGAUGGCGUGACGUUUGCUGACGCUGAGUACUCCGUUAAUUUAGAAGUAUCCAUGGAGUUGGGAUACACGCUGUUGCAGAGUACUACUCAUUCGGUGUUUAUGCACGUCACGCUCAACGAUCAAAGGGACCAUCAGUACGGCUUGCUCAUCAAGAGCAACAGCAACGGAACCUCUUACGUGCUUAGUCUCAGUGACGUGAACCGCAGCAAUGACGGAUACGUCGACUUUGAGAAGCUGCAAGGUCUGGAAGGCGUCGUGAUAGCUAAUGUUGUGAGCAACACGAAAGACGUCGAAAAGGGCAGCGAGAAGAAAUUAAGGACCAUGAUUACGCACAAUGACGGCGCUCAGUGGACUCUUAUCCCGCCUCCAGUCAAGGACUCCGAGGGUAAGGGAUACAACUGUGGCUCGGAUGGAAAGCCUACUGACAAGUGUGCGCUUCAUCUGCAUGGAUACACCGAGCGGAGAGAUUCUCGCAAUACAUUUGCGUCCGCGUCGGCCAUUGGUCUUUCGUUUGGAGUUGGUAAUGUCGGCGAGUCAUUGGUCAGUAAGGCCGAUGCUAGCACGUUCUUCAGUCGUGACGGUGGUAUCAGCUGGAAGGAGGUCAAAAAAGGAAGCCAUUUCUGGGAGUAUGGCGAUCAGGGGUCUGUUUUGGUCCUUGUUGCAGAAGGCAAACCCACGCGCGAGGUUUUCUUCAGCACUGACGAGGGGGAUACUUGGGAGGUAUACCAGUUUUCUGAAAAAGAAGUCACUGUGCUUGAUUUUUCGACUGUGCCGUCUGACACUUCAAAGAACUUUUUGAUCUGGGCUAGAGAAGCCGGCUCUGACAAGUUGGUGACUAUCAAUCUCGAUUUUAGUGGCUUGCGUGAUCGGACGUGUCACUUGGAUGAGGAUACUGGUGAGAGCGAGGAUUACUAUAUCUGGGAGCCGAAGCAUCCUCUUCAAGAGGGCAACUGUCUGUUUGGUCAUGUGGAGCAGUAUCACCGGAAGAACCCCAAGUCACAUUGUUGGAACGAUUGGUCCGAAGCCCAUGUGCAUAGUAUUUCGCACAAUUGCUCUUGCACUUUCCAAGAUUACGAAUGUGACUACAACUACGAACGCCAAACCGAUGGCAGCUGUGCUUUGGUGCCUGGUCUCCCCAAACCAAACGCAAUCGAAUACUGCAAGGAGAAUCCGGAUGCUGUAGAAUACUGGGAACCAACGGGCUACAGACGAAUCCCAAUAACCACCUGUACCGGCGGCAAGAACCUGGACCAAUGGAUAUCGCACCCCUGUCCAGGCCACCAGGAAGAAUACGAACGCAAACACGGCGUUAGUGGCGCUGUCAUCUUCUUCGCCAUCAUCAUCCCCAUCGCCAUUGCUGUUGCAGCUGGUUACUGGGUGUAUACCCACUGGGAUGGUAAAUUCGGACAGAUCCGACUGGGCGAAGGUGGAGGACAGUCCUUUAUAACGUCUCGUGGAGACUCACCAUUUAUCACGAUUCCUGUCGUAAUUAUUGCCGGUACGGUGGCUGCCGUCAAGGUACUGCCGUUGUUGUUUAUGUCCCUUUGGCGAAGUGCCAGUGGGUAUGUACACCUGCCUGGCAGCCGGGGACCAAGACCGUACGCGACAAGAGGCGCAUUUGCGUCCAGGAGAGGGGAUUAUACGAAUGUCGUUGAUGAUGAGGAUGAGUUGUUGGGAGAUGAUGAGUUUGAGGAUGAGGAGGGUGACGAGGAGAGGAGUUGA